AUCAUUUGACAGAUGGCCGAAAGUGUUCAUUCUAAUAAGACUGUCAACAACGGAAUAAGAGAGACAAGAGAGAGAGAGAGAGAGAGAGAGAGAGAGAGACCGUAUGUUUGCAUGAGAGUAUGAGCAACGACGACACAAACAAAUAAAUAGCUUGUUUUGAAGAGAGACUCAGUUCAGUCGGCAUUUGUGUAUCAUUUGGAAUAGUCGAUAUUUUGGAUCGCGCGCAUCAUCUAUACCCUAAUAAAAAGCAAAAAAGAAUAAAAGCCAUUUUCCCAAUUGAAUUCAUUGUUAUUCGAAAAACGGGGCCCAAACUUGUUAAUUAUUUGGAAUAUCGAACGAGCGAGAUUGUGAGUUGGACGACGACAACAAAUAAAAAGAGAUAAGCAAAAUGGUUGAUUGUGGUGUGACUUGUGCUAAAUAUUCAGUUUUCUUUUUCAACCUCCUCUUUGCCUUGACAGGCAUAGCAAUACUUACGGUUGGAACUGUGAUUUUCACCGCAUUCAAUCAUUAUCAAAACUUUUUGGGCGAAGGACUAUGGUCUACUCCGAUUGUGUUGAUGGCGAUCGGCGCCAUCGUAUUCAUCAUCGCAUUCCUGGGCUGUUGCGGUGCCAUUAAAGAAUCUAGCUGCAUGGUGCUCACGUUCUCAUUGCUGUUAAUCGUGAUCAUCGCAUUCGAAAUCGGAAUUGGCGCUUUCGGCUAUGUUCGACAAGAUGACUUGAAUGCCGCUUUGGACAAAGGAUUCAAUCAAACACUCAAGGAUUACAAAACCAACGAAAAAGCAUGGGAUUUGGUGCAAACCGAGAUGAAAUGCUGUGGCAUAAACACCCCAGAUGACUUCAUUCCAGUUCUCAACAGUACCGACUUACCAAGAUCAUGCUGUUUGAGUUUGGCUAAGGAUAAACCAUGUACCAAGACCGAUGCAUCGAAAACUGGCUGCAAACCGGCGCUGCUGAAAUAUUUGAGCUCCCAAUCGACUAUUUUGGCUGGUGUUGCUGUUGCUGUUGGUUUAAUUCAGAUUGUUGGCCUGGGAUAUGCAUGCUGCUUGUAUCGUGCAUUCCGUAAGAACUACGAAGCCGUCUAAAUAACAAAUACUAAAUCGAAUCAAAGAAGACUAAAUUGAAACUGGUUCAGGAUCAGCUGAAAAACUGUAACCGACGCAGAAACAAAACAAAAACAACAAACAAAAAGAAAAGAAAAAUGAAACAACACUAAAGAUCAUGGCGUAUUUUAAACAUAUAUCAAAAUCGAUCAUAUUUUUCGAUCGUUAGUUUUAUUUAAGGCUUUCAUUGAACUAUAUUUAUAUAUUAUAUAUACGAGGCAUAACAUCUAUAUUCGUUGAACUUUAACAUUUUCAUAGAAAAACAAAAACACUCGCCGGAAGAAGAGACUAUUCCUUCUGUUUUUUUUUUUUUUUUUGAAACAAUAAAUCAAUUUAGCGUUCGUUCGAAAUGAACAAAUCUUUUUGAAAAAUCUACAUAUUUUUGAAGAUUAUAUUUUGGAUUUUGAUGAAAUCAUAUUUUUCGAUCGAAAAUGAUGAAUUUGUUUGUUGUUCAUUUCAAAUAUAUCAACUAUUAUUUUUCUCUCUGUGUGUGGGCGAAAUAUCGCCACCAACGAAAAACGGAAUCAACCAUCGAAUUGAAGAAACAAAAUAAACUCUUAGAUUUAUAUAUUUAUUUCUUUAAAUAAAUUUUAUAGUAUAUCGAUCUAUGUGUUACAUUGAUGUUUUUAGAACCGAUGAAAAACAAAAAUUCAUCUAAUUUUAUCAAUGGAAUUCUCAACAUGAACACAAACAAUUAUUCUAAAGCGAAAAAAAUAACUAUUUUAGCCGAUAUUAUUGGAUGUUAAGAAUGAUUCACAUAGGAAUUAAGAAUGAAAACAUUUUCAUAUAUCGUGUAGCGAAGCACUAUCGGCUUAAGAACGUAAACAAACUGAACGGUUUAUAUGGUUAUCACACACAGACAAAUAAUAUCAACAACUCUUGAUAAAUGUUAAUUGGUCCAAACAUUAUUGAUUAGCAUUUGAAAAGCCUAGAAUGAGCCUUAAAUUUUUUUUUCUCCCGAAAAUUAACACAUUUUUUGCAAAACCAAAUUUUUAUCGUGCGUAUCUCAUUUCAAUGUUCAUGUAACAUAUAUAUAUAUAUAUAUAUCAAUGUGAUGUACACUUUUGUGUAUGCCCCCCGCCCCACAAACAUACAUUUCACCGUGGACAUGAUCCGCAUGUUCCAUUUCAGUGAAAUCACUAUUUGAUAAACGUUUAAGUUCAAUAAAAAUAAAGAUUUGUGUAAAACAAAAA